AAGUGGAGCAGCAGUUGAAAUGCGCUCUGUUUUUCCCAAUGCAGCAGGACUGCGGGAGGGCGUGCCGACAGAGACGGGCUCCUUCAUCGGUCUGGCGUGGCUAAAAACACUAGAAGAAAUGAGAAAAGUGUUUUUUUAAUUUGUGUGAAACUGAAUUCUCUUCCUUAAACAGACUGUGUUUUCCUGUGUUCGGUUUGUCGCUAACGGCGCUCACCGCGUUUCCGAAUGAACUGCACCAGAGUUUUGCACAUCUUGAACCCCAGGCCGAUGCCAUCUCCGAUCAUGCCUGUGGAUGUGGCCAUGAGGAUCUGCCUGGCGCACUCUCCACCCCUCCGCAGCUUCCUAAGUUCAUAUGAGGACUACAAGUCCAGAAACCUGAUCAACCAGUACAAGCCACUGAGACCCUGCAUCAGCUCCAAGGCCAAGGUGGAGGCCACCAACCGGGGGUGGAAGAGUCCUAAGGGCAAACCCAAGAAGAGGGUGGUCUUUGCAGACUCCAAGGGCUUGUCGCUCACAGCAAUCCAUGUGUUCAAGGAGUUCGAAGAGGACCCAUUGUCCGAAUUGCAGUUUGAGUUAUCGGACUUGGAGAACGCCAUGGUGGGCUUGAAGGUGGAGAAGGAGAAGAGUUUGGUUUUGGACUUCCCUCAGCCCGCUGCAGACUACCUGGACUUCCGGAACCGUCUCAAGAAACACUUGGUAUGUUUGGAGAACUGUGUAAUCCAAGAUAAAUCUCUCAUGGGCACGGUGAAAGUGAGCAACAUAAGUUUCGAGAAAUCCGUUCAGGUCCGGAUAACGUUUGACUCCUGGAAAAGCUACACGGAUGUUCCUUGUGCCUACAUGAACAAUGUUUAUGGUUGUGCAGAAAUUGACACCUUCUCCUUUGCUCUUGACCUGCCGAGUUCGGUGCCCCCUGAAGAUCGUGUGGAGUUCUGCAUAUCCUACAAAACACAUGACCAGACACACUGGGAUAAUAACGAUGGGAAAAACUACAGGUUAAUACAUGAGGAUGAUGACGGGGACCACCCCAGCCAUGCCACUCAGACAGCAUCUGAAAUCAAGAGCCCUGGCAAAAGGCCAGAGAUGGAGUUUGAUCAGUUUGGGAGCCCAAGGACAUCCAGUGGCUUUUUUCCAGAGUGGCAAAGCUGGGGUCACAUUGAGAACAACACCCCCUACUGGUGAGGCCAUACCUGCUAACAAAGCCACAGGAAGUUCUAUGGGUAACAUCUGUGUUAAGAGGAAAUACUGAAAAUGAGUUCCCGGCUAGAUCUCAGAGUUGUCAGAUGUAUAGCAAGACUGACCUGGUAAAUAAAUAUAAAAAAUAGUUUCAAUUUGAAAUAUUAAAAAUCACCUAUUGUUAAAUUGAACACUGAGCCCAUCAAAAUAUGUGCCCUUAUUGACGGUGUUUUCCUGAUUCAACAAUGAAAAUCUGAAAUUUUAUGAUUAGUACAUAGUUAAAGUUAGAAACUAUAUAUAUUUUUAGUCGGUUUGAGUCCAGAGAUUAACUGUUUUAACACCCUACACCGGCAAGGUGCUCAACUUGAGAUAAUGCUUAAUGGUUUAUUUUUUCCUAAUUCUGCUGUGCACUAAAGCACUUAGAUUUGAAAUGUUCUAAACUGAUCAUUGUUAUAACAUAGAUUGCCUUCCUUCGUGAUUCUGAUUGUUAGUCUGAUUGUUUGUGGAAAAAAUGGCAUUAGCUAUUUAAUAAGCACCAUCUUUUACAAGGGCAAAUUUCUCGUCUUCAAAAGAGACUAUUGUGCAAUUGUUUCCUUCCAGUUUUUUUUUCUGUUUUAAAUGCUUAUUUUGUGAACUUGAAGAUCAGUGUAGAACAUUGACAGAAAUAAUCAGUCUUGUCCUAUGGCUACUCUGAAGCACUGCAUUUAACUAAGGGGGAAUUAUCUCCUGCUUUUGGAAUGUGAUUGUUCUUAUGGAGGGGGAUUUGCACUGUGCAAGAUGCCUUUAAACUGAAGAAUGUGAAAGUGGAAUAAUGUGGUACAACAUGAAGUUGCUUCAUAUUGAAGUUUAUGUAUUUUUUGUGGUACCAUUUUAUUAGCCACUUUCCAGGAGAAGCAAUAAUCUGAAACUAAUGCAUUAUCAAAAUCAGUAAGAUACUGUUGGCCAUUAAAUGUCACUUUCCUUUUUUUCAUGCACAUUUUCCUACAUCUGUUCAGUUUUUUAUAUAUAUAAAGCUACAUUGUACGUUCACUGUUCAUUUUUUGCUGUUUUUCUGCCUCCAUGUUGCUGCUGUGGUUUAGUUUCUGUUUCGCUGCAUUGUUUCAUAGGCCCAUGGUAUGUGAACUCUCCUGGCACUUGGGAUGAAUAAUGAGGGAAAGUGAAUGUUAUUUAGUGGAAGUGAUGGUAAGUUUAGCUGGGCAGACGGAAGUCUGUAGAGCAGGAUAUUGAAUGAGGACUUCUUGCCUUUCUCAUGCUUGUUUCUUCUCUGUCUUCCAAUGGAGAAAAAUGGUCUGGUCAAUAAACUUGGAUGUGAAUGGAUUUUUUGGGGGGGGGGCCUACCGCUAGCUGCUGUUUAUUUCAGAGAUGGAACAGGUAUGUUGAAUGUAUAAAAAGGCUGUGCAAACUAUGGUGUAGGCCUAAUAUGUUUUUUACAGCACAGAAGGUUGUCUAUCUGAGAGCAUUUACGGUGUUCUGUGUUCCUUUUAGAAAUAAAACCUAAUGUUUCUACUG